AUGGAAUGCAACUGUAUGAAUUUGCUAUGCACAAAACUACCAAAACAUAAGUUAGUCCUAAACAAGAAAUCAAAAACAGCAAACUGGACUACUGCUACAAGAGAAUCGGAAAUAAGUGAUCACGAUAGAAGAAUUCUAAAAAAGAUUAAUCGACUUGACGGUGAAACUAGUUGUAGUAACAAUCUGGAGCGGACAUCGGUUCGUAGUAUCAUUGCUGGAUAUCAGCAAAGACAACUUUCAUCAAAACCGUCGUAUACAGCACAAGGAUUAUCUCCUGGAAAUUCGGUAGUUUUACGUGGAAAAGAAGAUAUUAGCAGCCAAAUAUCAUUAGAAUCAGAAGUUGUUGAGAGUAAAGUGCACACCGACAUUUUGCCUGUUGAAUCGAACGAAUUUCAGAAAGUUUUACCAAAAACAAACGAUAUGAUGGAGUCGAGGAAGCCAAUGGCGGCUCCACCUGCACCACCGCUACCACCAAUUCCAACUCAUUUGAAAAAUUCCCAGCUUAAGUUACUAAAUGGUUCAACUCAAGAUUCUAGCAAGCAUGAAACAACGGAUGCAAAGUUCGUCCCAAAAGAAAAAUUUAAUGUAUCUGGAAGUACCACAGAAGAAUUUCGAACGCUGAAAUUGAAUGGGCAUGUUGGAUUUGAUUCGCUUCCGCAUCAGUUGGUUCGGAAAUGCACUGAACGAGGAUUUCAAUUCAAUCUGAUGUGUGUUGGUGAAACAGGCAUGGGUAAAACAACACUGAUCGAAUCUCUGUUCAAUAUGAAACUUGAAUUUCAUCCUUGUAAUAAUGAACUUAAGACUGUAGAACUACUUUCCAGGACUUAUGAUGUUGUGGAAGGUGGAAUUAGGCUCAAGUUGACCAUUGUUGAAACAGCUGGAUUUGGUGACCAGCUUGAUAAAGAUAAAAGCGCUCAAGUAAUCGUUGAUUUUAUUAAUGAACAAUUCGAAAAAUAUUUAAAAGAAGAGUUGAAAAUCAAACGCUGUUUGGAUUAUUACGAUGAUACACGUAUCCACGCUUGUCUUUACUUCAUAUCACCUACAGGACAUGGACUCAAAGCACUCGAUGUUGUAACACUGCAACGGCUUGCAGAACGGGUCAAUGUGAUACCCGUGAUUGCAAAAGCUGAUACCACCUGCAAAGAUGAACUUAUAAGAUUCAAAAGCAAAAUUUUAAGUGAGUUACGAAGUCACAAUAUUCCCAUCUAUCAGUUUCCGACUGACGACGAGACGGUACGAGCAAUAAAUACGGAAUUAAAUCAGCUUGUGCCAUAUGCUGUUGUGGGCAGUACUGAUUUUGUUAAAAAAGAGAACGGUAAGAUGGUUCGAGCACGUCGUUAUCCUUGGGGAAUGGUUGAAGUCGAAAAUGAGGAACACUGCGAUUUUGUCAAAUUACGUGAGGCAGUAUUGCGCACGAACGUGGAUGCAUUGCGUGAGCGGACACAUAGAGUACUGUAUGAAGCAUAUCGUCGUGAACGUUUACGUGCAAUGAAGUUUGGUGAUGGUGAUACAGGACCUAAAAUGAUGGAAGCUUUCGCACAGAAGCAGCGUGAAUUCAUUGAUGAAAUGGCAAAUAGAGAUACUGUUUUUCGUGAUGAAUUCGCUACACGUGUUAAGAAGAAGGAAGAAGAAAUGAAAAGAAGGGAAGAAUUGCUAAAUUUACGAGCCAAAAAGAUUAGCGAAAAUUUUGAAGAAGAAUUACGACGUAUCGAAUCACAAAUGCAUACAUUAUUGGAAGAAAAAGCGAAAUAUGAAUUGAAAACAGCUGGGAAAAAAGCGAAGAAAUUUCUUUCGCUGAAUCGAUUUCGCUUUACGAAUCUUUUUGCGCAUAUCUGUCAGAAGAAACAGAUGGAGAAUUCAGGUGUUUUAUAA